AUGUCGACUCAGGAACUUAGGAACAAGUCGGGUAUCGAGGGCUAUACCAAGUUUUGGAAGUCGGACUCUGCGAAGGAUACGCAGAAGGACCAGGCGCAGCGUCUGGAGCAGUACACGGAUGUGGUGAACGGGUACUACGAUGGCGCGACGGACCUGUACGAGUACGGCUGGGGCUACAACUUCCACUUUGCGCGCUACUACCCCGGUGAAGCAUUUUACCAGGCGAUUGCGCGCCAUGAACACUACCUGGCGCUGAAGAUGAACUUGAAGCCGGGCAUGCGUGUUCUGGACGUGGGCUGCGGUGUCGGAGGCCCUGCGCGCGAGAUUGCUCGCUUUACCGGGGCGACAAUUGUGGGUGUCAACAACAAUGCGUACCAGGUGGACCGUGCGACGAAGCUGACGGCCAAAGCGGAGCUUUCGGACCAGGUCUCGUUUGUCAAGGGCGACUUUAUGAAGCUUGUGGAGCAGUUUGGCGAGAACAGCUUCGAUGCCGUGUACGCCAUUGAGGCGACGUGCCAUGCGCCGACGUGGGAGGGCGUCUAUGGUCAGAUCCAGCGUGUGCUCAAGCCCGGCGGUGUGUUUGGUCUGUACGAGUGGUGCAUGACCGAUGCCUACGAUUCGUCACUGCCUGAGCACCGCAAGAUUGCGCACGGCAUUGAACUGGGAGACGGUAUCCCGGAGAUGCGCACGAUCCAGCAGGCGCGCAACGCGCUGAAAACGGUCGGCUUCAGCAUCGAGGAGGAGGCGGACCUUGCGGACCAGGGCGACAAGAUCCCGUGGUACUACCCGCUUGAGGGAGACAUUCGCAAGGUGCAGACGCUGUGGGACGUGUUUAUGUGCUGGCGCAUGACGUGGUUCGGCAAGCUCGUGACGCAGACGACGGUGCGCGGCCUCGAGUUUGUGGGCCUCGCGCCGAAGGGCACGUACGACGUGGGCGAGUCGCUCAAGGUCGCUGCCGACGCGCUCGUCGCCGGCGGCCAGGCCAAGCUUUUCACGCCGAUGAUGUUGUUUGUGUCCCGCAAGGCACAGGCGUAG